ACACACGCACACACGCACACACACACACACACACCUACACACACACACACACACACAUACACACACACACACACAUACCGUCCGGAUCUCCGGCGGAGGCGUUCAGUUAAUCGCGGUCACCUAUAUAGUUAACAAUUUGAUAUUGUAUAAUGUUACGGCAUCGACGGUACAAUAAUAUUUUAUAAUUAUUGGUAUUUAUACAUCGGCGGGACAUCGCAUCGCGGCGAAGACGGCGGAAGAAUUGAAAUUUCAAAUUUUGGUAAAAAUGUUCGUGACCUGCAGCAGUCGUGUCUAGUAUUCUAAGACCGCUCCUGUCGUCCGUGUGUGUAUAUUACACUGCAUGACGUAAUGUACGGUGUGCGGAAACAACACGCGUGGUAAGCUCAAAAACACCGCCGCCGCCGUUCUCAGCGAUUUAUCGUCGGAAAUAUAACGGGAUUCGAUCACACGGACACGGUGAGGAAUCUGUCGUGUGCCAGCAGUACGCGGCGCGGUGAUCAUCCGACAGUCAUGUCACCGCACUUCAAUCAACGACAGCCGCCGCAAUACGCCUCCCGCAACGACGACGGCGACGACGACCACAGUUGUUACUACCACUCCGGUUCGUUGUCCGGUGUCCCACGCGUCGCCAGCCCAACAACAAUCGCCGGUCAACAAUAUUUCGGAGCAGCCCCGAUAACUUCCGGUUCACCGCGCCGAUGACGGCGUUGUCAUGACCGACCGCCGGUACAGCGGCAGCUGCGGAAGCAGCAGCAGCAGCAGCAGCAACAACAGCAACAACGGCUACAGGUGCGGAAUCAAAACGCAACUGCAUGCACCGUCGUCGGGCCGAUGUAACUACCACAACAACAACAACAACAACAACAACAACAACAGUUGCAAAGCCGGUGUCGUCCGGCCGACGACGGCCGCCAUGCACUUAAAGAAAACGUGGAAAACCGCCGCGGUGAUGUUUCUGGCCGUGGCCACCGUCACCACGGUCACCGCGGCGUUUUACUUCAAUUACGCGGCGACCGCGUGUUGCGCGGUGGUGCCGCUGUCGUCUUCGUCGCUGCUCCAGGAACCGUCCAACACCGCGGCAGCUGACAACGAGCCAAGCCGGUCCAAGUUGAUUGGCCCUUCGGCUCCACGCACGUCCAAGCUGUACGCCGUGUGCGAAACCCGCGAUCAUCUACGCAGCCCCGCCGACCGGGACAAAUUUAGCCGCUAUCGUCGACAAACAGUCGACAGCACAAGCAGUACCAUCGAUAAAAAUCCUGGAAAUAAAUACAGUAACAAUGGGGAGAGCGAAACUUCCCGUAACGGCGACAGAGGGAACGAUACUACUCUCAUAUAUUUCAUUACGCCUACGUAUCCAAGGCGAGAGCAAAUUGCAGAGCUCACCAGAUUGGGUCAGACACUAAUGCAUGUCUCCCGACUAUAUUGGAUUGUAGCUGACGAUCGACCCGACUGCAGUCUACAAAUAAUGAACCUACUGCCAGAUUUCAGCAUUCCUUACACGUAUAUUGCCAGCCCUAUGCCAUCAAUAUAUAAACGCAACCCUGACGCCAUGCCCCGUGGUGUUUCCAACCGUAGAGCUGCUCUCAACUGGAUAAGACUGAACCACAACAUUAAUGACUCAAAGGCUGUCAUUUAUUUUGGUGACGAUGACAAUACGUUCCAUCUGGACCUUUUCAAGGAAAUACGUACCACAAAGAAAAUAUCCAUGUUCCCAGUCGGCUUAGUAGGAGAGUAUGGUGUUAGUUCACCAAUUAUUGAUAAAGGAAAAGUAGUUGGCUUUUUUGAUAGCUGGCCUGCAAAAAGAAAAUUUCCUGUGGACAUGGCUGGAUUUGCUAUUAAUGUUCAACUUUUAUUCAAAUAUCCUUAUGCUACUAUGCCAUAUAAGGCGGGUUUUGAAGAAGACCGCUUCCUGUCUGCACUAGCUAUUCGGUUAGAUGAAAUUGAACCAAAAGCAGAAAAUUGUACCAGGAUUUUGGUUUGGCACACUCAAACGGCAAAGAAACCUAAGCCAAUAGUCAUGGUCAAAUCAAAAGCAACAUUGCCUGGUUCACUUGCUACUCUACUCGAUCAAGUGACAAUGUUAGGUAUAGCCGGAGUGAGCGAAACCACAGGUGUUCGCAGUUAUAUGACAAAAAAUGGUAAUAUUUUUAGGGUAUAA